UGAUCAUCAUUAUUUUAAUCAUAUCACCAUCAACAGCAUUCAUUGUUCAAUGUCAAAAUGUUGAUGAUAAUUCACCCAUGUCCAUCGAUUCGAAUGUUGAUCAAUCAUCAUCAUCCGAAUCACCUAUUUCGACAGUAUCGGAUGAUAAUCUAAAAAUAGUUGAAAAUGAUGAUCAAAUCGAAUCAACUUCCGAAUCCAAAUCCUCAUCAAUCAACGAUUAUUUUUCCACCAAUGAUGAAAAAAUAUGGUCAUCGUCAUUAAUCGUUAAUUUUAUUGUUGAUUUAUUAAAUUAUGGUCAACAUUUAUUCAAUUUAUUGAAUGAUAAUAUUCGAUUUGUUUAUCAUUAUUUAAUGGCUAGAACGUUACCAUUAUUUUUGCCAUUAUCGUCAUCAUCAUCAUCAUCAUCAUCAUCAUCGAAAACCGUUGAUGAAAACAAUGAUAAUUAUGGUGAUAAUAUUCUAAAUUAUACAAUGAUAAUGAGUAAUCUUUAUAAAAAUCCAUCAAUGUCGAUGUUGAUUGAAUUUAUAAUACGUUUGGAAACAAUAUUGGCCAUAGUAAUAAUAUUUAUAAUAUUUUCAUUCAUAAUUCAUCAUCAUCAUAAUCAUGAUGUUAAUGUGAUUCAAUCACCAUCUCCGUCUUCGCCAUCAUCAACAACAGCUCAAUCUGUGAAUGAAAAUCAUCAUCAUCCAACAACAACAACAACAACAACCAGAUCAUCAUUGAAAUUAUUACAUUAUCUUAAUAUUACCAUAUUAUUUGGCUAUUUGUUCACUGCAGUUGAUUCAACAAUUAAAUCAUAUUUUGAACAACAACAAACCGUUUUGAAACAAUUUCAUUCAGAACGUUCGGGUGCAUAUUCCAUACAAGGUCGUCGUCAUAAUAUGGAAGAUUGUUUUCGUAUUCACAAUCAAAUUGGUUUGGAAUUAGGUAUCGAAUAUUAUGCUGUAUUUGAUGGACAUGGUGGUCAGAAUGCAGCAAUUCAUGCGGAUAAAGAAAUUUAUGAUUCGAUCGUUCGGAGAAUAAAAAAUCAUGUUUAUCAUCAGGAUAGCGAACAAAUGUGUUCGGAAAAAAAGUUAUCAUCAUCAUUGAUGAUUGGCGAACAACAACAAUCAAAAUCGGAAAAUACGUGUGACAUUCAAACGAAUAAUAAUCGUUUUGCGUCAUUAACAAUGUCUGAAAUGAAAAAAAUUCUGAAUGAAGAAAUAAUUUCCGUGGAUAAACAAUUGGUUGAAACAUUUCAACGAAGAUCAGAUAUAUCUGGUUCGACAGCAUUAAUCGCAAUAAGAUUAUUACAAUCAAAUAAAUUAUUAGUUGCCAAUGUUGGCGAUUCAAGGGGUAUACUAUGUGAUUCAAAAGGUGCUACAAUACCAUUAUCAUUUGAUCAUAAACCUUAUCAGUUAAAAGAGUAUCGUCGCAUACUUGAAGCAGGUGGUUAUAUCAGUUUAAAAGGUGUUUAUCGUGUAAACGGAAUAUUAGCCAUUUCACGUGCAUUAGGUGAUUAUCCAUUGAAAGAUAAUCGUUUAAUAAUACCCGAUCCCGACAUAUUGACAUUCGAUUUGAAUGAAUUGAAACCAAAAUUUAUGAUAAUGGCAACUGAUGGUUUUUGGGAUACAUUCUCGAAUGAGAAUGCUGUACAAUUUGUUCAACAAGAAUUAUCAUCAUCCAGAUAUAAUAAUCAUUCAUUGAAUGAAUCAUCAUCCAGUAAUGAUGGUUCGAUUGCAUUAGAAAUAGCAAAAAAAUUAGCCAAAGAAGCAUAUAAUCGUGAAUCAUAUGAUAAUAUAACAGUUAUUGUUGUUUUUUUCGAUGAUUUUAUCACAACAAAAUCAUCAUCAUCAUCAUCUCAAUCAACGAUAAAAUCUAGUCCGAUGAAAAAUCGAAAAAAAUCUUCACCAAUCUCAUCAUCAUCAACAACAUCACCAUCAAAUGAAUCGAAGCCGGCCAUUCAAGAAGAAUCAACAUCAUCAUGAUAUUUAAACUUGAAAAAUCUCCUUAUCUUUCGAUCAAUUUGUUAUCAAUUCUUCUUCAUUUUUUUGUUGUUGGUAUUUUUAGAUUGAAAAAAUAGAUAAAAAACGAAAACAAAAUUUGCCGAUUUUAAUUCUUCCAGAAAACAAAAA